UGCACCCCCAGGUUUAACUACGUUAAAUGUCAGAUUGCAAUAAACUAGAAGCUGUUGGUCGGGCCCGCGGAAAUGGGCGAGCAUAAUCUUCUUAAUCCCGGGUUUGUGGGACCUUUGGUAAACAUCCACACUGGAGACACUUUUUACUUUCCGAAUUUCAGAGCCUCGGGGGGACAACUGGCGGGGCUACCGUCUCUCCCCUACCCGAGAAGGGACAAUGUUUGCUCCCUCCCGUGGAACCCAUCGGAGCCGUGCAAUGGAUACUCUCAAUCCUACUUUAGCAGCCCCGUAUCUAUUAACCCUUCUUUCAACCGGUCGUGUGAAAUUACUCGACCGGAGGAGGGUAAAUGUUAUUAUAGCAACGGCAGCGCAAGCAACAGAGAGAGCUGUUCAGGUGGUGGGGGGAGCAGCCUAAAACGAGAGGAUAGGGCGAGGGACACAUCAUCAUCCAUAACAUCUGAUCACGGUAUGCACACUGGCAUGGGCAGCAACAACAGUGGUGCCUUUUCCAAGUAUGAUUAUGGGACCGAGCAACUCACUCAAGACCCGCAGUCCUGCCUAUCUCUGGAAUCCGAUUCCAACUCCUCGCUUCUAAACGAGGGCAGCAAACCGUCCUCCAGCGACCCUCAGACCCUGGUGUCACCAGGAAACCACACGGUCCACUCGGGCAACAUAACUGCAGUCGGAGGUGCCCCGUGGUAUCCGAUGCACAGCCGGACCCGAAAGAAACGCAAGCCAUACUCCAAGCUCCAACUGGCCGAAUUGGAGGGCGAGUUCAUGCUGAAUGAAUUCAUCACUAGACAGCGGCGGAGGGAGCUCUCUGACCGCCUUAACCUCAGCGACCAACAGGUUAAAAUCUGGUUCCAGAACCGGCGUAUGAAGAAGAAGAGACUGAUGAUGAGGGAGCAAGCUUUGUCCUUCUUUUAGAAUUAGCAGAGAUGCAGCAGUAUACGGAGAAUCGAUUGAUAGGCAGUAUUUCUCCUGUCUGCAAGUGCUAUAAAUGCAUGCAAGCACCUAGCCUACUCUCACUCCAUCUCUAUCACACAGGAGGUACAAAAAGAUCAGGAAGGUAUUUGAGGUGUAGGCCCCAAACAAAACGACCAAGUGAAUCUGCUGCCAUAACUUAGAAUCUCUGCAGAGUUGUGCCUGAUAGUACUUCCUGUAUAGUGUUGUGGUAAACCACUUAUACAGACGUUUAUAAACUUGUGAGAUGAUAUUCUUGCGUCCCCCGCCGGAUAGGCCUAAAGGAUGGAAUUAGUGCUUGGUGUCCUAGACUCUGGUAAAUUCCCAAGCCCUUAAAAAUGAAUAAUUUAUUUUGAUAAAUUAAUUAUAACCGUGUAAUACUCCUUAUUAGUCAUAUGGCCAAUGAAUAUGAAUUUGAAAACCAAAUGAACAAAAUGAAAAGCAAUGUCGCCUAAUAAGCAAAUGAGGCCAGAGUGAGAGAUUAACCCGUAAUCAAGGCAAUUCUCCAUUGUAGACCUAACUGAAUCAUUUUUAGGCGCAUUCAUUGUCACUGACGGUGUAGAUUGGUUAAGAUGGAGGACAUUUCCAGUUGUUUGAUAUCUCCAAAGUUCACUUCUAAGUGAUACGAAACACAAUACCCUUAUCUACUUUUCGUCUCCGCCACGUGUUUGUGCACGUUCACUCUCACGGGCACGGAGUAAGACUCCAAAACGCACAUCAGAGGAUCUUAGAGAUAGCUAAAACUCUAAAUCCAUGCCAGCCUCUUUAUGAAUGCAGCGCAUUGAACUAUUAUUUGCCAUGAAUUCGUUCAAGUGCUGACAACUUUUUCUAGAUAGUUUCACUUUUUUAAUCGCCUCUCUCGUCAUCUCCCCCUCUGAACCAACCGCCUCUCAUAACAUUGGUGUUCGCUCUUAGAAUAAAAUGAUCCAAAAUGGUUAUUUGGCUGUCCCCCAUAGCAUAGGGGACUGGAAAAGUCUCAACGGAUCCGUGGGACGUCCCAACUCUGACGUCACCCCAUUGAAGUUGAAAUUUAUAACGGUUAAGGUAGGGUUUAAGGUUAGAGUUAGGGUUUAGGUAAGAGUUAUCAUUGAGGUAAGGGUUAACCUUUUACUGCAGUGGGCUAAAUCAGGAUCACACACAGUGUUUCGUGGUAGUCUUAAACAAAUCUACUUUGAAACAAAAGUAUACACCACACACAUGGUUAUGUUUUGUUCUUAGAAUGUAACCUUUAUGUAACUAGGCAAGUCAGUUAAGAACAAAUCCUAAGAACAAAUUAUUAACUGUGAUACAGCCUGGAUU